AUGGCCUCCAUUGAGGACUGGGUGGAAACACAGUUCUGCGACUGCUGCGGACGCUACAGGGAGCCAGUCGAAGCCGGCGAGCCAAAACCGUGUGUCGGCUGUGGCUCGUUGCCGCCCUUGCCUCAGAAAACCAUCGUGUACGAGGUCCCUGUGCGACCUACACAACUUCUUUUAGAACUGCAAGCGGCGUAUACGAAGCGUGUCUCCGGUGAGGACGGGCGCGCUGGGUCCGCCGCCGCUGCACUGACCACGGAUCCGUCCAUGGAAGCAACGCGUCAAGUCGUUCGCGGGGGCGAGUGUUGUCCCAAAUGUAACAGUCAGGAGCUCUAUUACGAGACUGUGCAGAUGCGCAGCGCAGAUGAGGGUCAAACCAUCCUCUAUGAGUGCUGUCGCUGUCGAACGCGCUUUACACAGCACUCGUAG